CAACGAAGACGAAGAAAAAGCGGAUGCUCUGGAUGAGAACUUACCAGAAGAGAGCUGUGAUUUUAUUUUGUUUUUUUUGUCUUCUCCCCUCAUUACUUGCCGUCUUUAAGGCCGCGGCAGCACUGUUUGUAUGGACAACACUUUCUCGGCCGUGUGAAUCGCAAAUACAGAAUCAUCGUAAGGAGGACGCAAUUUCGAGGACGUACACGACAAAAAAAAAGGAGUUGCUAGCGCAAGGCAGCGGAAACGUCCCCAUGGUGUGUUUCUCCAGUUGAAGCAGCCCACCCGUCGCAGUGUGUCCCAACCUCCCGAGCCGACAUGUCCAUCGCCAACACGCCCACCAGCAACGACGCCUGCCUGAGCAUCGUGCACAGCCUGAUGUGCCACCGGCAGGGCGGCGAGAGCGAGAGCUUCGCCAAGCGGGCCAUCGAGAGCCUGGUGAAGAAGCUCAAGGAGAAGAAGGACGAGCUCGACUCGCUCAUCACGGCCAUCACCACCAACGGCGCCCAUCCCAGCAAGUGCGUCACCAUCCCCAGGACGCUGGACGGCCGACUGCAGGUGGCCGGCCGCAAGGGUUUCCCGCAUGUGGUCUACGCCAAGCUGUGGCGCUGGCCCGACUUGCACAAGAACGAGCUGAAGCACGUCAAAUACUGCCAGUACGCCUUCGACCUCAAGGCCGACAGCGUGUGCGUCAAUCCCUACCACUACGAGCGGGUGGUCUCGCCCGGAAUUGACAUAUCCGGGCUGAAUCUGACCGGCUCCAGGCCCGGCUCGGCGCUGAUGGUCAAAGACGAGCACGACUUCGACGGCCCCCAGAGCCUGCCGCCCAUGGACGAGGGCCGCUCCAUGCAGACCAUUCAGCAUCCUCCGUCGGGGGGCCGCCCGGGACCCUCCGACUUAUUCGCCCCCGCCAAUAUGCUUCCGCCCGCUGAGGCCUCCACCUCCGCCGCCACAUCGUCAUUCCCUACGGUCGCUACGGGAUCGGCGAGUGGCAACACGGUGUGGUCAAGGAACAGCAGCUUCACCCCCAACACGCCGCACCACAGCAACGGUCACCUGCAGCACCACCCCCCGAUGCCGCAGCCGGCGCACUACUGGUCGGUCCACGAUGAGUUUGCCUUCCAGCCCCCGAUAUCCAACCACCCCGCGCCGGACUAUUGGUGCUCCAUCGCCUACUUCGAGAUGGACCUGCAGGUGGGCGAGACCUUCAAGGUGCCGUCGUCGUGCCCCGUCGUGACCGUGGACGGCUACGUGGACCCGUCGGGCGGCGACCGCUUCUGUCUGGGCCAGCUCAGCAACGUCCAUCGCACGGAGGCCAUCGAGAGAGCCAGGCUUCACAUCGGCAAAGGCGUGCAGCUGGAGUGCAAAGGCGAAGGCGACGUGUGGGUGCGCUGCCUCAGCGACCACGCCGUCUUCGUGCAGAGCUACUACCUGGACCGCGAGGCGGGUCGAGCGCCCGGAGACGCCGUCCACAAAAUCUACCCCAGCGCUUACAUCAAGGUGUUCGAUCUGCGUCAGUGUCACAGGCAGAUGCAGCAACAGGCUGCCACCGCUCAGGCGGCGGCCGCGGCGCAGGCGGCCGCCGUGGCCGGAAACAUCCCGGGACCCGGCUCGGUGGGAGGCAUCGCGCCCGCCAUCAGUCUGUCAGCAGCGGCCGGCAUCGGCGUGGACGACCUCCGCCGCCUGUGCAUCCUCCGCAUGAGCUUCGUGAAGGGCUGGGGGCCCGACUACCCCCGGCAGAGCAUCAAGGAAACGCCGUGCUGGAUCGAGAUCCACCUGCACCGGGCCCUGCAGCUGCUGGACGAGGUGCUGCACACCAUGCCCAUCGCAGACCCCCAGCCGCUCGACUGAACCCGGCACAAGAGACGGAAAGGGACUCUUUUUAUUUGAUUUUCAUUUUUAGCUGUUCUCGUUCUCGUCAGGUGGGUUUUGACUUUUGACGGUGCUGUAAGUGUCAACAUUUCAUCUGAAAGGACAAACUGUGGCUCCGUCAGAAUGCUGGACUUUUAACAGAGUGCCGCGUUCUCCACAAGAGGAACAUUUGUGCCCUCCCACCCCACCCCAACCCAAAAA